UUCUAUUCUCUGUCACCCCCUUCCCUCCUUCCGAGUGGAGUGAGACGAGUGAGGCCAGAGCUGAGCCGCUGAAUGACUGGGACCUAGAGGAUGCUGAUGCCAGGGACUCAGGCCAGGAUUGAACCAAAGCACAGACUGGGCUUCUCUAGGAUCAGAGGUGCGAUGAUGGAGACACAGCAAUUCUGGGAAAUGUAGAGGCAGGAAGUGAAAGGAAGUGUAGGGUAGAGGAGCAACAGCAGAUUGUGUACCUCUAUCCAGUCCUGCUCCCAGAUGGUAAAAAUGAGGAAACUCCAAAAAGAGAAAAGGAAGUAGGCAUGGCCUGGAGGAGGAGAGCAGAGCUGGCUUCAGACCCAACUCUCUCCACCCACACACGGUCUCUGUGUGUUCCAAUCCCCGUUCAUUCUCAUUUACUGUCGAAAGUUGAGGAGAUGGGGUGUCCCAGAUGAUAGGGCUCCUGGGAUUUCAGACUGAAGACCAGCAGGACUCCAGUCACCUCUACCCCAGCUCUCCAGGACACAGCGCUUCCAACUCUGAGUGACGUCCCAACUCUGGUCCUUACUUCACAACCAACGUGAGAAUCACAGCCUCCAGACCUCCCACAGGUGACAACCUCAGAGCCGUGCUGGCCCGAGCUUGACAAUGACAUAUGAAAACUUCCAAGACUUGGAGAGUGAGGAGAAAGUCCAAGGGGUUAGAAAUGGUAAGAGGAAAGGGGAAACUCUCCUAAAACCCCUCCUCAAAGCUCCCUGGGCCGUCUUUUCCACCUACGUCAUGUCUUUGAACCCUCUCCUGACCCUCGCCCGGGGCCCCCCGUCCUCCUGCAGCGUUCCGCUCUGGGCCCGGCCUCCACCUGCUGUCCCUGGCCUUUGUCUCCUAAUUGGUGGUGCACUGUGGAUGCAAGACCUGAAUAAACUGACCUGCCAGGUGGCUACUCUCAAGAACAAUGCCUCUACUGAAAGGACCUGCUGCCCCGUCAACUGGGUGGAGCACCAAGACAGCUGCUACUGGUUCUCUCGCUCUGCGAUGCCCUGGGCCGAGGCUGAGAAGCACUGCCAGCUGGAGAACGCCCACCUGGUGGUCAUCAACUCCAGGGAGGAGCAGAAUUUUGUCCAGGAACAUCUAAGCUUCGCAUACACCUGGAUGGGCCUCAGUGACCGUGAAGGAGCCUGGAAGUGGGUGGAUGGAACAGACUAUGAGACCGGCUUCCAGAACUGGAAGCCAGGCCAGCCAGACGACUGGCAGGGGCACGGGCUGGGCGGAGGCGAGGACUGUGCCCACUUCCACCCAGACGGCAGGUGGAAUGACGACGUCUGCCAGAGGCCCUACUACUGGGUCUGCGAGGCUGGUCUGACCCAGGCCAGCCAGGAGAGUCACUGAGUUGCCUUUGGUGGGACCACCUGGCCGCAGAAACGGCGGUGGGGAGGAGGACUCUACCCAGGACCUCCCCUCAAGACCGCUCUGGCAGAGGAAUAAGCCCUGGGAGACUGGGAGCACUGCCAACAUUUUGAAUGUUUUUUCUCCCUAACUUUAAAAAGAUAGUAUAGAGUUCUUAAGCUUUUAUUUUUUUUCCAACUUUUGAAAGUCAACUUCAUGAAGGUAUAAUUUUUACAGAAUAAAAAUGCACUCAUUUAAAGAGUAGAGAUGACUUUGACAAAUAUGCGUGCCUAGGUGACUACCACUCUGAUCGCAAUAGGUAACACUGCCAUCGCCCCCACCCUCAUGCCUCUAGGCAGUCCAACCACUUCCCUGUUUCCAGGCAACUAGUGGUCUACCGUUUUUCCACUAUUAACUGGCCUUGCCUCUUCUAGAGCUUCUAGAACUUCAUAUAAGUGAAAUCAUACACUGUAGUGUAUAUACUUCAUAUAAGUGAAUAUAUAUUCUUGUGAGAACUUA